AUGAAAGUUCCACGAGUUGUGAUCGGCAUGUCGGGAGGAGUUGAUAGUGCAGUGUCAGCAUUUUUGCUGAAGCAGAAAGGAUUUGAUGUAGUUGGAUUACACAUGGUAACUCAUUCCAGACAAAGAGAAUCAGAAAAGAAAAACAUUUCGCAGAUAAACUGGGAUUCCCAAGAAGAAGGUUCAUCUACUUGUCCACGAUCGAAAGAUGAAGCAGACGCUAGAAAUGUGUGUAAUAGAUUAAAUAUCCCAUUUCACACAGUUAACUUUGUGAAAGAAUAUUGGAAUCAUGUAUUUCUAAAAUUCUUGGAAAACUACAAAAUCGGAAGAACCACAGUUCCAGAUAUUGAUUGCAAUUAUUCAAUCAAAUUUGACGCUUUUCAUAAAGUCGCCCAAGAAACGUUUGAUGCUGAUUUCAUCGCAACUGGACACUACGCAACUACCAGUUUUGGAGACUUUCAGCAAAAUAGAAAACAUUCAGAAGCCAUUCGCCUAUUCUCUGGACGAGAUCCUUUGAAAGAUCAAACAUUUUUUCUAUGUACCGUAACUCAGGAACAACUGAAAAGAGCCAUGUUUCCAUUGGGAUCUCUUCAGAAGUCAGAAGUAAAACGAAUUGCAGAACAACAGGGUUUUCAUAGAGUCGUCAAAAAACCAGAGAGUAUGGGAAUCUGUUUUAUUGGAAAAAAGAAACGGUUUUCUGAUUUUUUGGAUGAGUAUAUUGAGCCAAAACCUGGAAGAAUCGUUUUGAAAGAUGGAAAACAAAUAGGAAAACAUCAUGGAAUUCACCAAUUUACAAUUGGAAAACGAAUACAUGGAAAGUAUUUGAAUGAAAGAAGUCAUUUUGGAUUUUUUGUUUCCGAGAUUAGGUCGGAUACUGGAGAUGUUGUAGCGUGCAAUGGAUCUCAUCAUUCGGAUCUCUAUGCCACCCGAUUUCUUAUCAAUCGACCAAAUUGGAUACCAUCCUCUGACCCAUUGGAAGAGAUUUCACCUUCGAAAAUCUUGUGUCGAAUUCAACGAACCCACCCUCCAGUUCCUUGUAAAGUUGAAAAAUCGGAGCACUACUUAUCAGUCGAACCCAAAAUUCCUUUGAGAGCAACAUCUCCUGGGCAAAUGUGUGUUUUUUAUACAACCGAAAACGAGUGUUUAGGAGGUGGAGAAAUUUUCAAAAUCGAGAAAACACUGUAA